UCUUCCUCCUCGAUCCAUUUCUCUCUUUCUCAGAGUCUUCAUCAUCAAAUCGUUCAUCUUCAUCCUCAAGAGAAGAAGACAAAAAAAAACAAAGAUGACAGAUCUCUAUGUUUCUCUAUACAUCUCAAACUAUUCUCCGACUCCGAUUCAAAAGGUCGUCUCUUUGGUCUCUCGAACCGGACGAGAUUUACAACGCUACGAUGCAACAGGGUAUCGUCAGGUCGUCGGAUGUAUACCGUACAGAUACAAGAACGAUGGAGAGAUUGAAGUUUUGUUGAUAAGUGCACAGAAGAAAGGGAAAGGGAUGUUAUUACCAAAAGGUGGUUGGGAGAUGGAUGAAUCAAUCGAAGAAGCAGCUUUGAGAGAGACGAUGGAGGAAGCUGGUGUAACGGGACACCUCGAAGAGACGCUUGGGAAGUGGCAAUACAAGAGCAAAAGGCAUAACAUGGUCCACGACGGGUUCAUGUUUCCUCUGCUCGUCAGCGAGCAGUUUGAGCAGUGGCCUGAGUCGGGAUUCAGACAAAGGAAGUGGGUUUGUUUGUCUGAAGCGAUUGACUUGUGUCAGAUUUGGUGGAUGAGGGAAGCUUUGGAAGUGUUCGUUGACCGGAAAUGUCUAUGAUGAACUUGGAUGGUUUGAUGUAUAAAGCAAAGACUUUUGAUUGUUUCUGAAGCUUUCAUGGGGGAGCUUUUGGAGGGCAGAUCAUGUUUAAGUCUUUUGAUUUGAUUUAUUCAUUUGUUAGAUAGGUAUCUAUUUAGACAGAAAGAUUCAUUCUAAUUGUUUGAAAUAAUGCUUGGCUUCCAUAUAAUCUGUAACUGUGUAUAUAAAUAAAUUGGAUCGUCAAUAUUUUUUAAA